AAUUCUCUGCAGUCUGCAGUGGAUAUGGCGUCACAGAAAAGUGUAGGAGUCGAGAAACUUCACCCAUGUAAAUAACGUCAACAAGAAAGCUGUGUGACAAGCUAUAGGUAGCAGUACACAGUACGCAGCGAUAUUAAAUUCACAGCCUAUUUUUGAAUAUGCCCCGGAAAAAGCCAUUUAGCAACAAACAGAAGAAGAAACAGCUACAAGUCAAACGGGAGAGAAAGAGAGGUGACACAGGUUCUGGGCCAAGUAGCCGCAAUGCCAGUGUGGAGCGAGGAGGAGAGAGACAGUCGGACACCUCAGACAGUGAGACCACAGAUAUUAGGAGGAUAAAUCAGCAGCCCUUCAGCAGAGAAGGUAGACAUGACCCCAACAGGUUCCGACUGCACUUCGAGAAAGAGAGCAAAGAGGAAGUGGAAAAAAGGAAGAAACUGGCGAGGGAGAAGGUGCUGCAGCCCGUCUCAGACAAAGAACUUGAGAUCAACAUCAAUGACAUCUACCCAUCAGACAAAGGUCUUGGUUUCCCACGACGACCAUCCUGGAAUUAUGAGAUGACGCGGGAGAACCUGUUGAGGAAAGAGGAGAAGUCAUACAGAGACUACCUGGAUGACCUGCACUCCAGGAAUCCACCUGGGUCUCUCAGCCACUUUGAGCACAAUCUAGAGACAUGGAGACAGCUGUGGAGAGUAUUGGAAAUGUCAGACGUCAUCCUGCUCAUUGUCGACAUCAGGCACCCGGUGCUGCAGUUCCCUCCAGCCCUUUACCACUACAUCACAGGAGAUCUCCAGAAGCAGGUGGUCCUGGUGUUAAACAAAAUUGACCUGUGUCCUCCUCCACUGGUGAUAUCCUGGAAACACUAUAUGAUGUCCCAGUUCCCCCAUCUGCAAAUAGUGUGCUUCACCUCUCACCCUGGACAACCCUACAGCACAGUGCUCCAAAAGAAGAGGAUGAGGAGGAAAGCUGGCUGGAGUCAAGCUGGAGGUCCUAUAGAUAUCCUGAAGGCCUGUCAGGAGAUCACAGCAGGGAGAGUUGACCUAUCCAGCUGGGAGCAGAAGAUUCAAAGAGAUGCUGUUGCCGAGCAACUGGAUGGCGAGCGACCAGAUGAAGGAGAGUCGGUACUGAUGGAGCAUCAUAGUGACAGUACUAUGGACAUGGACAGCCCAUCGCAGGAGCUGUACAAAGAUGGGGUUCUCACACUGGGCUGCAUAGGCUUUCCAAAUGUUGGUAAGUCUUCUGUUAUAAACAGCCUGGUGGGGAGGAAGGUGGUGAGUGUAUCUCGAACCCCAGGCCACACCAAAUACUUCCAGACGUACUACCUCACCCCGACAGUCAAACUCUGCGACUGCCCUGGACUGGUUUUCCCCUCUCGUGUCGAUAAGCAGUUACAGAUUCUGGCAGGCAUCUACCCAGUGUCUCAGCUGCAGGAGCCCUACAGCUCUGUUGGUUAUCUGUGCGAAAGGACUUCUUUCCUGUCCGUGCUGAAGCUCAAACAUCCCAGUUUGCUGGAGGACGAGCCUCACCAAGGAAACCAGGGGUCUGAAGAGCUCAGCUGGACUGCAUGGGAUGUGUGUGAGGCUUGGGCAGAGAGGAGAGGCUAUAAGACAGCAAAAGCGGCUCGUAAUGAUGUUUAUCGUGCAGCUAACAGUCUGCUGCGGUUGGCAAUCGAUGGCAGACUGUGCUUAUGCUUAAGACCACCUGGCUACAGCUGCCUGAGAGAGCAUUGGGAAAAUCACCCAGACUUGCCAGAGAUUAUGGCUCUUCAAGGAAGGACGACAGAGGAGGAAGGAACAGGAGAGAGGGACGAUGACGAGGAUGGAGAGUCCAGCACUGAGCCAGAGGAAGAGAGAGACCGGGAUGCAGACGACGACGAGGAUGGAGAUGAUGAAGAUGAGGGGUUUGGACGUCCACGACAGGAGGACCAUAAGUCAUCCGGCUUUACUGUCAAUAUGUACAAUGUCCUGCGGGAAAAUGAGUGUGAGUGAUAAAUGCGAGGGGGGUGGGGGGGGCGAGCUGGAAGAUUUAAGUUGUUCUUCAUCCCUAACUUUUCCCUGUUUGCCUCAGUGAAAUUUUCAUUCCUUAUUUUCCCUAAAUCUGCAUUCCUUCUAAUUUUCUCUUGUACUUUUACUCCUCAUGUAAUUACAUGAUCACCUCUAAUUGAUUGAAUUCACUGGGAUCUUUUGUUGCUUGACCCUGUUUCCUUCUCCCUAUAAUAUACAGAGCAUAUUCACUUAUUCCAUACUGUGCCUCUGCUCUGCUUGUUCAUCCAUGAAGCUUAUUCUUAAGCAUUGCUUCUAUGAAUGAGAUUGGUUUGGUUUGAUUUAAUCUUUCCUCUUUUUUUGCAUGUAGUUCUCAGCAACAAAUGAACAAAGUAACUUCCUCAGCCUGGAAUAAUCUACCAAAUUGGUUUUUUGUCUCUUCACUGAUAAGUGACUUUGACAGCUGAGAUGCCAAAGUUCAGGAAAGAAUGAUAAAACUACUCAGAAGCACUGUCGAUAUGAUGUCAUUCACUGGAGCAGCCUUUUGGCUCUCAGAGUAGCUUGAGAAUUAAGAACAUAAGUCUAAAUCUUCUUUAUAGACCACCGCUUGUCACAACGCUGUUGAAAGACUGUGGGUUGAGAUAUGGGAGAUAUUAGACUAGUAAAGUCAAAUGACUAAAACAGGCAUUUUAGACACACUCUUACAGUUACCAGUAUUAUGGCUGUGAAAAUGAUAUUUUAUUUGGUUUGUUCCUCCACAGUCAUCAACAGAUAAAAAUAAAUAAAUCGGAAAUGGGGGUUUGAGGAGUUUAAUCAUUUAUUGCUGGGCAAAGCUGUUUCAGGAAUUUAACCUGUAGUGUUUUAACUACUACAAAAAUGAUACUUUAAUCCUGAUGGAGAUCUACGGUAUUUCGAGCAGGAUUUUAUAUGCUAAUAGCAGCACGAUGCAUUCGAUCCAACAAAGACAGCUUGAAAAUCAGUUACAGGAAUGGUUCAGCAUGUUGUUUAGCUUAGCACAAAGGCUGGAAACAAAUGGCCUGUAUGUGUAGAAAGGCAACAACAACUGCCUACCACAGCCAGAUCACUAAUUACGACAUUGUGUCUUGUUUAUUUCAGCCGUACAAAUACCAAAGUGUAAAAAUGACAUGUUUUACAGUGGAGUUAUGUGCCUGACCAGGUAUGGUAACUACUCUGACUCUGUCAUUUUACAGUUUAUGUUUUUUGUACGCAUUAAACAAACCAGAUGUAAUGUGUUAAUCAGUGAUUUUUAAAGAUACUAACAGCCAGGCUUUCUUAUUUUUGGAAAGAAAGAAGCUCUUUCCCCGAGUGUUUGUGCUAAGCUAAACCAACCACCUGCAGGCUCUAACUUCAAACUUAAUGUACCACAGACUCAUACUGAUCUCGCAAUAAGAGUAUUUCCCAAAUGUGAUGAUAUUUUAGCCACAUAGAAAGAGAGACUGGUCAUCUUAGCUUCCAUCUGCUAUCAUUAUAAAUAACAUGACACACUCCAUCUUUGCUCUAUUGCUGGUUUUAUGAACUCUGACUUUGACACUGCCUUCAGUGUCAAUUUCAGAUCUUUAAGGUCUGAUGAUUCUCUGUGUUCGUCACCGCCAUAUUUCCUGUUGAAAUUAGAAUAAUGGUAUUUCUGCCGUGUCUCUCUUUCUCUGUGACGUGUGAUGGUCCUGCUCCAAUCCUGAGUGCUGUGUUACUGCGUGCUGUUGUCUUACCUCAUUCAUGUGUUCACUAAGAGAGCACAGUGCUGUGUUACUGUGUAAUACAUCACACUGCAGCCAAGUGUCAUCGCUGCCAUUGGUACAGUGUAAAGCAGAUACUCAACACUACCAUGCUGUUAGACACACAAUGGACUUUCAGUUGUGUUGAUGUGGAUUUUAUUUUAUUUUUUUUUUGUUUGUUUGUUUUUUGGAAAUACUAAAACUGACGGCAUCUGGAAACUUUAGUGUGAAGGCUUGAAGUGUGUUCAGGCUAUUGGCUGCAUUCCUCAUUUCAUUCUUAGUAUGCCUAACGAUGACUGGACUGCUUUCUGCAAUAAAAAAAAAAUAAUCCUCUUAACCA